AUGGACGGCAGCGCUACUCCAGGUCCAGGGCAAGCUCAUGUCAAGUCGAACAGUAUGAUCUACAUUUGUGGAGAAUGCCACGGUGAGAACGAGAUCAAGCCAAAGGACGCGAUUCGCUGCCGAGAGUGCGGCUAUCGUAUUCUCUACAAGAAGCGCUGCAGAAAGUUGAUGGUCUACGACGCUCGCUAA